AUGGGAAAAGAGUGCAGAGAGGGUGAAUGUGGUGAGGUGGCAGGUGGCGCACUAUCACUCACGGAUGGUCCAAAAAUCAAACUCCCUAUCGAUUAUCGUUCGGAUCAACCAGCCUUCAUUCCUCUGUGAUUGAGCACGAUCGUGCCUGGUGGCUACGAACUCUCCAAGACCAGUCUUGUUGAUGGUGGAUUCGUGAAAUUCAUUCAACGAUCAUCAAGCUAUAUAGCCCGCUUUACUCCACAAAAGCAGGUGAAGGCAAUGAGCAUCCUUGCUUGCACCACGAAGUUACCGCCAAUCAUUGCUCAUUUCUUGCUGCCACUCGCACGUAUGAUCGUCACCUCAUAA